UAAACAGUCCACCAACGUUCACACUUCUAGCCGGCUGCCAAUAAGUGUUUGAUAUUUUCCGCUUAUGGCCUGAACUCAUUUAAACCACUCGACUUCUCUAUAUAUAGGCUCCUCCAAAUGGUGAAUAUAUCCACCAUAAACUGGCUCUUCGUCUGCGGCCUGUCCUUCUGCCUGGGCGGGAUUGCGGUGCUCAGUUUUAUGCCCCUGGGCUCGGACUGUGUCUGUCCGUUGUCCAAUCCCCUGGCCAAGCUGACGGGCGCCGGAGGAGGAGUUGCUGUGCAAAAGGAGCCCUUGGCGGAAAAGCUCCACCAGCAUCCCCAUGACCAUGGUGCCUCCGCGCACAAGAUGGCCCUGCUGGUUCCCUUCCGGGAUCGAUUCGAGGAGCUCCUCCAGUUCGUGCCCCACAUGACCGCCUUCCUGCGGCGCCAGGGCGUGGCGCAUCACAUCUUCGUGCUGAACCAGAUGGACAGGUUCCGCUUCAAUCGCGCCUCACUUAUCAACGUGGGCUUUCAAUUUGCCAGCGAUGUGUAUGACUACAUAGCCAUGCACGAUGUGGAUCUGCUGCCCUUGAAUGACAAUCUGCAUUACGAGUAUCCCAGCAGUCUGGGCCCGCUCCACAUUGCCGGACCCAAGCUGCAUCCGAAGUACCACUACGAGAACUUCGUGGGUGGCAUACUGCUGGUGCGGCGCGAGCACUUUCAGCAGAUGAACGGCAUGUCCAACCAGUACUGGGGCUGGGGACUGGAGGACGAUGAGUUCUUCGUGCGGAUCCGGGAUGCAGGACUGCAGGUGACGCGGCCACAGAACAUUAAGACUGGCACUAACGAUACAUUUAGUCAUAUCCACAACCGCCAUCAUCGCAAGCGGGACACUCAGAAGUGCUUCAACCAGAAGGAGAUGACCCGCAAGCGGGACCACAAGACGGGCCUGGACAAUGUCAAGUACAAAAUACUCAAGGUGCACGAAAUGAUCGUUGACAAGGUGCCGGUGACCAUCCUCAACAUUUUGCUCGAUUGUGAUCUUAAUAAAACGCCGUGGUGCGACUGCUCCGGAACGGCAGCAGUUGCCUCGGCGGUACAAACCUGAUGAAUAUGGGUUGUGUGUUAAACCAAA